UUAUCAGGGCCGCCAGCUUGAGCGGCUGCCUGCUGAAGACUGCCCCCUCUCUGGAUCCCAGCGGCACUAAACCCCCAACCGCCCCCGCCCCCGGCACUGGGGGUGGGGGUGAGGCCUGCGCCAGAAGGUUCUCCGCAAUUCUUGGGAAGGUGUAGCAUAAGUCCUCCCUAUUGGAGGCUCUGCUCUCCGCCCUUAUCUGCGGCUUCGGCCCCGCCUGGCUGCUGCGUCCACAGGACUCUGUGCCCUGGGGCUGCCUGGCAUCUGGGAGUCUCCUUAGAGCCAGGACUCUUCUGGCAGAGGCUGCGGCUCACCAGUGUCUUCUGGCCCCUCAAUGAGUGAGGCAAACCGAACCACUGUGGAGCCCUCGGAGCUCCCCACAGCAUCGGCCGUAUCCCCUGGACUGGGCAGCGGGGCCCGGGCAUGGCCUGUGCUGGUAGGGGUCGUGCUGGGGGCUGUGGUCCUUUCUCUCCUCAUCGCACUUGCUGCUAAAUGCCACCUCUGCCGCAAAUACCGUGCCAGCUACCAGCACCGCCCGCUGUCUGGGACAGUGAAAGGGGUCCGCCCCGAGGUGGGUGAAGAUGAGGAUGAUGAUGGUUUCAUCGAGGACAAUUACAUUCACCCUGGGGUUGGUGGGCUGGGGACGGAGGGAAGUAGGGACCACUUCUCCCUCUGAGCCCUCAUCUUCGGACCCCCCCCACCCCUGUGCCCGACAGCUUAAGGACAGCAGAUACUUUGUGGGAACCACAAGCCUCAGGGACUUGGUGGCUAGGGCUUAAGGACGGAGCAGGGGUAGAUCAAUGCCCCCUUCCUUGACACUAGCCACCAAAGUGAAACACCCUCUCUUGCUCCGUAACCCUCAAUGGCUCCCUCCUGUUCUUGGGAUAAAGCCUACCAAGGCCCUGGCUGUGAAAUCAGGCCUCCGUCAGCCUUUGGCUUCCUUUCCUGCCUUUCCCGACUUUACUCCCUGCUUAACCAAUUAUUUGUUAUUCCUCCCCCACCUACCAUGCUGCUUCUCCAUGGACCUUUGCUCACACUCUUCCCUUGUCUCCCUGCCCUUCUCUUCUCCCAAGUCCUUUAUGACAGUGAUGAGAAUCCCUGGCCAGUAGACCCCAUGUGGGCUGCCUACCUGCCAGCAUUUCACAUGUGCCCAGGUGAUAACGUCUUAGCAGGUGAAAAUCAUUGUGCCAAGUUUCUCAGGGAGAUUUUUUUCCUAUCAAUCAAGUGGUAAUCUAAAUAGUUAUAAUAUAUUAUGUUUUUCACAGAUACUAAUAAAUCUAUUUUCAUUUUAAAUAAAAA